AUGCCGCCGAUCGCUGUGUUUAGAGACAACUCUCUCAGCCAAAGCUUGCGACUUUGUUCCCAGGACCACGGCAUCCAAGAUGGAAACCAAACCGAACACCGGUGUCUUGAAGGGACUGCAUGUUCAACGUCGUCCAGCGACUCUCACUACACCAAGUCAGCCAUCUGGAGCCUCUUCCCAUCGCCCGAAGACCCAUACCUGCGCCUCCCAUCGAACAACAUAGGCUCAGGAUCCUUCCACCGGCUGCACCGACGAGCCUCGGGCGUUGACAUGGUGGGACUAUCGAUCGGCAUGUCCUUUCUCUUCGUGAUCCUGGGAAUGCUGGGGUGUGUGAUGCUCGGGAAGAAGGGCAACGAUCGGAAACGCAAGGGUUCAAAUAAGCGCACGAAACGCAUCAGGAUCCGCCGUCGACAAAGCGCUUUCCAGCACGCCAACACCUGCCAGACUACUCAUGCGCACUUGCAUGGGCACGAAGUUUAUGAUCACCGCCAUGGCCACACUCGACAUCAUCGAUCACACAGCAGUAGGCAAGAUUGGACUGUCCAACAUCCCCAGAUGGUUCAUGAGGAUCCCGGGGUUUGGACUUCAUAUCCGGAGCCCAUCCAUGUGACUCAUGGAGGGCCUGCCAACGACAUGGAUGCACCACAGGAUGAUACAAGAGACAAACCACCGAACAAUGGCUGGGAUUGGAUGAGAGGGCAGAUGGGUAGUGAUUAG